GUUACCUGCGGCGUAUCAAAAGUCAAGACGCAAGAAGGAUAUUUGGAACCCACUCGAGAAGGCGGACGAAGUGUCAGUCCAUUCAGGGCGGAGGGGGGCGGCGGAGGCCGGAGGGUUUUCCGCUGAGAACCAGCGUCUCUGUUCUUUAACAAGCAAGUCUUAUAUGUUUGACCCAUUUCACCAGGAUGACCACCUAUGUUCUUGGGCUGGAAGAUUAAUUAUACCUCCUUUUUGUAUAUAGUAAGAUGCAGUCAACCGUACGUAGAAGAAGCAACAUUGUCCAGCUAAAUAAAAAAAUAAUUUCAUUGGGGAAAAGGGGCCAAAUCGAAGAGGCCAUUAGAGUGUUCAGGAAAAUAACACACCCUAACACUGUCACCUACAACUCCAUGAUCUCUUCCUAUGCAAAAAAUGGCAGAACAGAACACGCACGUCUUCUGUUUGAUAAAAUGCCGAAUAGGAACUUGGUUUCUUGGAACACAUUAAUCAGUGGCUACAUAUACAAUGACCAGAUUGAUUAUGCUUGCAAUCUGUUCAAGGAAAUGCCUGAACGGGACUGUUUCACAUAUGCAUUGAUGAUUACCUGCUAUUCGCGUUAUGGAUCGAUUGAUAAGGCACGAGAAACAUUUGAUUUACUUUCUGAUAUGACCGAUGUUGCUUGUUGUAAUGCAAUGAUUACAGGUUAUGUGAAAAACGGUAGGUUUAGUGAAGCUAGGAUAUUGUUUGAUAGGAUGCCUGUUAGAAAUUUAGUGUCUUGGAACUCGAUGCUUUUGGGUUAUACGCAGAAUGGGGAAAUGGAACUUGGACUGAAGUUUUUUAAUGAGAUGGAUGAAAAAGAUAUUGUUUCAUGGAACCUGGUGGUGUCUGGAUUCGUUGAGGCGGGUGACUUGGACUCCGCUUGGGAGUUCUUUGAGAAGAUUCCUUGUCGAAAUGUUGUUUCUUGGGUCACGAUGUUGAGUGGAUAUGGGCAUUAUGGUUAUAUAUUGCAAGCUCGGAGGGUAUUUGAUCAAAUGACCGGAAAGAAUUUGGUUGCAAGGAAUGCAAUGUUGGCUGUAUAUGUCCAAAAUGGCCACAUUGGUGAUGCUGGCAAUAUGUUUAAUGAAAUGACAGAAAGAAAUGAUGUUUCUUAUACUACCAUGAUUAGUGGUCUUGCGCGCAUAGGAAAGCUUGAGCAGGCAAAGACCUUGUUAGAUACAAUGCCAUACAAAAAUGUGGUUGCACAAACCGCAAUGAUUUCAGGAUAUAUACAACAUAAUAUGAUAGAUGAUGGUCGUAAAAUCUUUGAUCAGAUGGGCUCUCGUGACAUUGCUUGUUGGAACACCAUGGUUGCGGGUUAUGCUCAAUCUGGGAAGAUGGAUGAGGCUUUCUAUCUAUAUAAAAAGAUGGAUAAAAAAAGUAUAGUUAUUUGGAACACCUUGAUUGCUGGGUAUGCUCAAGUAGGAAAAAUAGAAAAAGCUUUUGAUAUGCUAGAGAGCAUAAAGGAAAGGAAUGCAGUUUCUUGGAACUCUCUAAUUUCAGGGUGUACACAAAGUGGUUUUUAUGUAGAUGCUCUAAAGUUUUUUGUUUCAAUGGCACGUGACGGAAAGAAGCCUGAUCAAUCUACAUUUGCUUCUGUAUUACGUUCAUGUGCCAAUCUUGCUCUUGAAUAUGCUGGGGGGCAACUUCACCAAGCAAUUAUGAGAGGCGGGUUUGCAAAAUAUUUAUCUAUUUCUAAUGCCUUAAUCACUAUGUAUGCAAAAUGUGGACAAAUCAUUAAUGCCAAAAAGGUAUUUUGUGAUCUUGAUGACGCAGAUGUUGUGUCUUGGAAUUCUUUGAUUGCCGGUUAUGCCUUAAAUGGACAUGGUAAAGAGGCAGUCAAACUGUUCCAGGAAAUGGAAGGAAAGGGGAUAAAUCCAGAUGAAGUAACAUUUGUUGGAGUUCUGUCUGCAUGUACUCAUGCUGGCUUAGUUGAUCUUGGUCUAAAUUUAAUUGAAUCCCUGAGUAAAAAGUACUCUAUCGAGCCAGUGACUGAACACUAUGGGUGUAUACUUCACUUACUUGGCCGAGCAGGCAGAUUAGAAGAAGCAUUUCAUUUGGUUACAAAGAUGAAAGUGAAAGUCACCCCAGCAAUAUGGGGCUCUCUGCAGUGGGCUUGUAGAAUGCAUAACAAUGUGCAGCUUGCUAGCUUUUCUUCUAAGAAGCUCAAUGAAAUUGAACCCCAUAAAUCCUCAAAUUUGGUAACUGUUGCAAACAUGUAUGCUGAGAUAGGGAGAUGGAAUGAAGUAGAAAGAGUUAGGGAAACAAUGAUAGAUAAUAGAGGAGAGAAACAACCAGGAUGUAGCUGGAUUGAAGAUAAAAAUCAUUUAGUCGUGUUUCAUGCUGAUGACGAUGACUCAAGAGCACAAAAAGCGGCAAUUCGAAAUGCAUUGAAGAGUUUAACUGCACAGAUGAUGGAUGUAGUUUGUCUACAUGUUGGUUGAUCACCUUGUCUUGAAAUAGGAUGAAUCAUCCCAUAUGAAUGGUGAAUCCUUAAUUUCGAUUUUCUCAAAAUCAAGUCUUCUUUGAACAAGGCACUAGCAAACUACAUAAUAAUAUAAGAUAGAAUCAUAGAGGUGAAAAAUCUUGUCUGAAGAUACACACACUUUUGUUGAGGCUGAUAACACACUUCUGUCACAUUGAAAUUUGAGAACUAUGCUGUUUUUUUAGCAGUAUAAGAUCAAAGACUAUUUCGAUUGAACAGAAGUUUGCCUGUUGAGGAAAUUUGAGUUCUAGAUUGAUUUUUUUUCCGUCAGUGAAAGGAUCUUUGGCCAGAUUAGUAUCAUCACUCAUCAGCUCUGCUUUUACGAAAUACGAGCAAUGAGAGACUGGAUAAAGUCGAGCAGCAGCAACAAUAUGUGAUAUUGGGAUGCAGAAUUAUCUUCCCAGCAUCUUGGUUAUUGUGGCCUAAUGUCGUGCAAAGCCACCAGAUUAGCUGAUUGAUCAUACAAUCUCCCACUGAUAAAGGAUUUGGAGUUAAAGUUUUCCGAAAGAGGCAACAAGCGGUCGUAGUAAAAAGCUAAGCGCACAGUAAAAUAUGAUCACUGUUAUGGGGAAUUCAACGGCUACAGGAACAUUAGGGGAAACGCUAGCCAGGCAUCAGAAGAAACCACGAGUGUAUAUUGGCUGCAUGAAAUCCGGUCCUGCUCUUUCUCAAAAACAUGUCCUCCACAAAUAUGCUAAUGAAGAUGUUUCAUUGGGGUCUUGGUUUAUUGGGCUCGAUGUGCACCACACUGAUGGUAGAAGAUUAUGCUGUGGAACUCUACCUGCGGGAUAUGCAGGUCAGCUGAUAGAAUAAAGGAAGUCCACCAAUGGUGCGGUGCGGAAGUCACACCGUGUUUCUUCCCACCUCCGGAAGAUGCAUAAUCAUGAGUGUACCAAGCAUUUCUCUUAUAUUAUUCUCUAUAGAUGGAAGUUAUGGUUGGUGAUCCCCAUGGGGGAGAGACAUAGGAGGAAAUAAAUGACUAAUGCUACAUGGUCAUCAUGGUGUACACCAUCUUUAUAAAAUUAUCGGUAUAUCCGUGCCCUAUAGACUUACUCAUACAUCCAUUUAUGCAAGGAUUUAACAGUAAUUUGAUAAUUUGUGUGUAAUGGGAUUCUUGCCAAUGGUGCAUUUCUUGCAAAAUCCCAAAGUGAGUCUUCUCAGACCAUAUCCCUUGAUAAUUUGUUCUAACGGCAUUCCAUUCCUGCUCAAUUAAGUUAUAUGAUCUAAAUUUGAUUUUAGAUU